AUGAUUGAUCCUGAUGGCAAAGGUGGCGUGACACCCUUCAAUGUGUACUGUGACAUGGGUGACAUCGGUGGAAUUGGCGUGACGGUCAUCAGUCAUGACAGUGAGAGAAGAACUCAGUUGGCAACAAUCUUGUAUGUAGUGGUUGCGGAUGUUACAGUAAAGAUGUGCGAUACACUGAAGUUAGCACCGCUCAGCUGGCAGCACUCACAUGAAUCUCACAGAACUGUGAACAGUUUAUUAAGUUUGAGUGCAACAAUGACGUAGCUUUUAUCCAGGAAAAUAACGCUUGGUGGGUGUCACGUGAUGGAACAAAGAGAAAUUACUGGGGAGGAGCAACAGGCUCUGAUAAGAUGUGCGCAUGUGGAAUAACAAAUUCUUGUUCCAAUGGCAAAAAGUGUAAUUGUUACAACGGUCGCAGUGACAGUGGCUGGAGAGAAGACAGCGGUCUGUUGACAGACAAGUCUGUCCUCCCCGUGACCCAGAUCAGACUCGGAGACUUGGAUGAUUCACAAGAAGAAGGAUAUCAUACAUUAGGAAAACUCAAGUGUUAUGGCGUGGCUUACAUUUUAAUAUAUACAGUGCAGCAAGUGUGACUGAACUUGGAAAAAUAUCAAUCUUUCUGAAAUUCAGUUGCAUUAAUUUUAAGUAAGGACUUGAUUAAAGAGAUUUUAAAAAGCUAACUUUUUUAUUUCUUUAGCUUGACUUUCUUUUGCGAAGAAACCCAUUGGUUUUCCAACCCCUACAUAACUUCAAUAAACAAGGCAGCCAGCCAAGGAAGGUCUGUUGCAUUUUCUGAAAGAUGACUAUUCUUUAGUCUUUUUAUUAGUGAAAGUAUUUAAAUCGGUGUGGAACAAGUUCUCUAAUGCCAUUCGUUAUGUCUUUCCUGCCAGUGUCAUCCGUAGCAUGGCGUUCCCAAAGCUCUAGAAAUUGGAGGUAACUUUCUAAUUACCCUAUAAAUGUUAAGCAUAGCAUUUGGAAUACUAGAAAUAAUCAUCUAAACAGAGUAGAUUCCAAUACCAUCAAAAACAGCAUUUUUCGUUGUUUGUAUGACCCUAUUUUAGCCUUGGACUAGACUAAGGAUGGAAGGAAGGAAGGCUUCCAAUCUGUUAUCUGUCACGAUCAACAUAUAAGCCAUGAGAGAGGCUUGGGUACGGGAAAAGAAGCAGUUCCUGACUCUUUGUCAGCAUCCAUUGAAAGAUAAAUAUUUGAAAAGUCAAAUAAAGUAGUGGACUAAUCCGAAGUCUAAGGCUCUAAAAAUCCUGAAUCAUUACUCCUUUUCUGGUAAGCACGCCGUGACUCCUUGAACAGAGGUCCUCAAUGUGGUUAACCGAUAGCCAUCAAACGGCUUUAAGCUUUAGCCGUUAGGCGAAAAAAUUGACAGGUUUUAACCGUUCGUUGUAAAAAAAGUUAACUGUUAAAAAUAUGUCUGGUGGAAACAAUGAAAAGAUGUUAACUGUUAGCCGUAAAUUGGCCAAAACUUUAACCGUUAGCCGUAAAAGCUAUCUCCUCAUUGACACCCUCUGAACAGGAAAAUCAACGUCAAUUCCACGUCGCAUCGGCCAAUAACUUUUCGCAAGAAAGAUAUUCAGAACACGGUUGCACCAAACGACUGUGAUAUUGUCACAAUUGCAAUUGCAAAUCCUAAACUGACCGGGGUAGUUCUUGUGGGAACUGAUAAAGCUUUGAUUAAAAAAAAUUUAUGAAACGUGACCAGUGCAAGCUGAUAACAAAACGAAAAGGUCACUCGAGGGCAAGAACUCCAUACCCACGCGUAAUGUCUCGCUGUGAUUAUAAAUACAUGCGUUGCAGUUUGAAGAAGCUAUUUUCAUGCUAGACAGAUUUUACCACAGUUUCGCCUUCCGUUCCGUGUUAUGGAGAAAUCAAAGGCAAAGCCAGUUUCUAACUCUCUGGUGUUUUCCUCGUUAUUUCUCUCUGUUGUUUGCUUCGUGGCACUGAUUCACGUCGAGAUCGAGCUCCACGCUCAUCGACAAAUGCUUCAAGUCUUGAAUCAACCAAAAGAAGAGAAACUCGAGCUGAAGAACCUAGCAAAUGACGAAAAGCCGACUGAGAUGAAUAUUUUAUGUCGUUACCCAAAUGAAGGUGGGUUUAAACUCAAAAAAUCUCAAGAAGCAGUAGAACGGCUUAUCACAGUUCAUCGUAAAAUAUACCUUUAAUUUAGAAUCACUCAAUGCAGAUGCUGAGUAACGUUAUGAAAGUUGAAAAGUUUGUCUGCAAUUUUGAAGGUUUUCAUUUGAAAUUUAGUCUGUAUUUUCGUCUUAUCUUUCUUUUGUGAAUAUCUCUGAAUCUUCAAUCAAGUGGCUCUCAACCCAAGAAAACUGUUAUUGUUAUUGUUAUUGUGAGCUUCUUAGCUUCUAAAGGGAGAAAAUUCUCAUGACUUUAGAAUUUCUCAAGACAAAGAAGGUCCACUGACGAAACCCAAGGGGUCACGCAAAGUUCGUGAUGAUAAGAAGCAUCGCUUUUGCCAUCUUUUUAUAGGUGCAUAUCAUUUCAAAGGAAUAAAGUUGACAAAUCAUGAGGUCAGCAAGUAAUGUUAAUUUACUUCACAUUUUUUUUUACGAUAAAAAUAAUGGUUUCAUUCGGAUCAAAAGCGUUACUUCAAUCAAACGAGGAAGUAAGUUCCUGUGAGCAAAACAGGAUGACACUCCGACAGGACGGAAGCCGAGCCUUUCAGCAAUAACGACAGGAAAAAAAAAUCAGUUUCGCUGGGAACAAAAUAUUUUCUUUCCUUUAGCUUUCCGGGAAAGCUCGUUCAAUUUCAAAAAUAGGAAGAAAUAUAAUGAAGGUUUUUGUCACUUUAAAUAUUCUUCAUUCCUCUAUGCUUCAGUCAAUUUUAAAUAAAUUCAGCUACUUUUCUACUCCAUUGGCAACAUGUUCGGCUUUCUUUCGUGUCGUUUCAAUUAAAAAAAGUUCUAGCUCUAUUUCAAAUACUACAAAACUAUGCACAAGCAGUCUUAAAGAAGAGAAAUUCCUUCCUCUCCUUUUGCAAUGAUGGGUACUUUUGUAGAGGAACUACCCAAAUUCUUAACGGAAUCCGUGGGCCACACCAAGACUAAAAUAUAAACUUAGGAAGGCUUUAUGGGAGAGUUCAUACACCAGAAGUUAUGACUUUGCGACUGAAUCACGCAGGUAAAUGUGUAUUGGAAAGAAGCGUUUAAGUUAUUGUUCACUUGAAGGUACGAUUAAAAAUUAAAUAUACACACGACAAAUCGUUGGUCGAGUUUCGCGAUCGAGAAAUUGCUACUUUAACGAAAAUAAUCUCUAGUUUCGGCUCACGUUCUAUCCCUAUGUCGAGUUCACUGAUUUUUGAAGCAGCUGCUGGAAAUCGAGGCUUCUAGAUAGGCCAUUUUCGAGGCUUAAUAUUAUUUUAUCUACAAGAGGUUCCGAAGUUUCCCGCGUUUUAAAGCAGAGAUAUUAUGCAUCUUAGAAGUGUCCUAAUAAGAUAAGUGGAACGUAGCCGCACUUUUACUGUGAUGUCUCUUGCAGAACUUCAAACUCGUCAAAAAAGGCAAGUGAAAAAUACAGACGGGAGAUCAAACGCCAGCGUAACCAUCGAUCGUGAAUCGAUCAGAAAAGAAGUACGACUCGCUAUCAAGAGCCAGGCUUGCAGUGUCCAUUGCCCCAACAGCAUCAGGGGAAGACGAGGCAGACCUGGUCAAAGAGGCCCUCCAGGUAAACAUGGACCACCUGGGCCACUGGGAGUAAAGGGACCUAAAGGAAAUCAGGGCCCCCAGGGCAUUCAGGGACCUCCCGGACCUUUGGGCCCCCCUGGAGCUAAGGGCGAGCCUGGUCAAUCAAUUACAGCUCCCUCUAUUGUUACACCUCCAAUGCCGAUAGUAGUAAACGAAACUGGUACAGCGUCGUUUCAAUGUGAGGUUGAAGGAAAUCCACAGCCUAAAGUCACAUGGCUGAGAGAUAACUCCAGUCUUCUCGCGGACAAACGAGUCGUGCCAACUGCUGGUGGCCUGGUCAUCAAUGGUGUCACGUUAAAAGAUAAUGGAACCUAUACUUGUGAAGCGAGGAAUAUUCUUGGGGUUAUGACGUCAUUGGCUAGGUUGACUGUUCAAGGUAAGAAAUAAAACAUUCAGUUGUUAAACACUAAACUAACAAAAAUCUAUCAUUUUAUGGACCGUUCUGAUGUAAAUUGAUGUAGAGCGUAAAUCAUAUUUUUGAGUGUAAAUCAUAUCUUUGCGCUUCUAUGGAACGAGGCCAGGAUUUAAAAUUAACCCCAUGGAAAAAAUUAUGAUUACGAUUAUCACCUCGAGGGUCACUUGGAAAGUUUACUCACCUUUUUUUUACCUCUCUGUUUUUUAUUCAGUUGGCGCAUCAAUCAUUCAAAAACCCUCAUCUGUUAUCGUUGAAGAAGGACACAAAGUGAGUCUGAAUUGCCAAGCUACUGGUCAGCCAACACCAACAGUCACGUGGCAAAAAGCAGUCGGUCACAUGUCCAACGAAAGAUCAAGAGUUCUUAAUGGCAGAUUGGAAAUAACCAAUGUGACUAAAACAGACGGUGGAGACUACAUAUGUUCGGCAAAGAACAUUCUUAACGAGGACUCGGCCCACACACAAGUCAUGGUGUUUGAACAACUCAAGUUUACAUUACUCCCUCCCCAUAAACGUUUAGCCUCACCUUCAGAAAAUGUGUUACUGACUUGCGAAGCACAAGGAGCAAGAGAAGUCGUGUGGCAGCGGACGGGCCAAGGUCUGCCCUCAGGUCAUAUCCUUUAUUCAAAUGGCUCUCUACUUUUAAAAAAUGUUGCUCGCCACGAUGCUGGAUCCUACACUUGCAUCGCACGAAAUUUUCAUCGCUUUGUUACUGCAACUACUGUGCUUGAAUUUCGAAAACCAACCUCUUGUAGUGACAUAAAAACACACAAUGGUGGAACAUCUUCAGGUACUUAUAUGAUUUAUGCUGAUGGCAGAGGAGGCGUGACACCCUUCAAUGUGUACUGUGACAUGAGUGACAAAGGUGGAGUUGGCGUGACGGUCAUAAGUCAUAACGCUGAGAAAAGAACCUUUGUUGAUUACAAAUCGGGGGGAUGUGGUGGUCGUGGAUGUUACAGAAAAGAUGUGCAAUACACCGGAGUCAGCAUUGCUCAGCUUGCAGCACUAACUCGAGUCUCACAAAAUUGUGAACAGUUCCUCAACUUUGAGUGUACAGCAGGUGUAGGGUUUUUGGAGGGUGGUUAUGCUUGGUGGGUGUCACGCAGUGGAACGCGGAUAAACUAUUGGGGAGGAGCUACAGGACAUGACAAUAAGUGCGCAUGCGGAGUAACAAAUUCUUGUUCCAGCGGUUACAUGUGUAAUUGUAGAGGCAGUUUCAGUGGCUGGAGAGAGGAUGGCGGUCUGUUGACGGACAAGGCGGUUCUGCCUGUAACACAAAUUAGACUCGGAGACUUAAAUGGCUCGCACGAAAAAGGAUAUUAUACAUUGGGAAAACUGAAGUGUUAUGGUGUAGCUUAA